AAAAAAAUAUGUUUCCGAACCUUUAGGAUCACUUACAUUGCUGUAAAGCUCCAAAUACCACUGUGUAUUUCUGGACAGAUUUCACUUUGUUGCUCUCAACAGUUCUAUUUGUGCAAGACGGGGGUCUUUUCGUUUCAGAAUGGGAGACAAAGGAUUUGGAAAGCUCGGCCUGAUCUUCUGCUUUGCUUCCUUUAUUGUAACGCUGAACGUCGUUUACGGAAAUCUGAGUUAUUCUAUUCCAGAGGAGAUGAAACGAGACUUUGUUAUUGGAAAUAUAGCCAAGGAUCUCGGUCUUGAUAUGAGGACUUUAUCAUCCCGGAAGGCUCGUAUUGAUUUGGAAGGAACUCGUAAGCGUUACUAUGACAUUAAUCUGAGAACGGGGGAUUUGAUCACAUCGGAGAAAAUCGACAGAGAAAGCCUUUGUGGCAAGAAACCUUCAUGUGUUGUGCAAGUGGAUCUAGUGUUAGAAAAUCCUUUAGAGCUUCAUCAUGUAAGUCUUCAUAUUCAAGAUGUGAACGACAACUCCCCAAAAUUCAGAGAAAAUUUGAUUGAGAUGGAGAUAAGAGAGUCGGCUGACAAGGGUAACCGCUUUUCAAUAGAGGAGGCCCAUGACGCAGAUAUAGGGCAAAAUGCUGUUCAAACGUACACCCUUCAAAAGAACGACAACUUCAUUCUGGCUGUUGACAACAACAGAGUUGAACUCGUACUGGAAAAUACUCUUGAUCGAGAGAAACAAAAAGAGGUUACUUUGCUCCUCACAGCUUUGGAUGGUGGAUCUCCUCAGAGAUCAGGUACCGUAGUCAUACACGUCACUGUACUGGAUGCUAAUGAUAACGCCCCAGUGUUCAGCCAGGCCGUUUAUAAAGCCAGUCUGCCUGAAAACUCUCCUCCAGACACAAUAGUGAUUAAAGUCAGUGCCACAGACGCAGAUGAAGGACUGAAUGGAGAUGUAACAUAUGACUUAGGGCACGUAUCUGAUGAUAAUGUGAAUGUGUUUUCUAUUAACGCUAAAACGGGAGAAAUUAAAUUAACUGAUGUCGUUGACUUCGAGGAAAGAAGUUCAUUUGAAAUGUCAGUGCAAGCCAAGGAUGGUUUGGGACUAACUUCAUAUGCAAAAGUCAUGGUCGACGUUAUUGACAUAAAUGAUAAUGCACCAGCGGUUUACCUUAAAUCACUGUAUAAUCCCAUACCUGAGAGCGUGACGCCUGGUACAGAGGUGGGCAUCAUUAACAUGCAGGACAGCGACUCUGAGAAUAACGGACAAGUCCGCUGCUCCAUCCAGCAGGGUGUCCCCUUUAAGUUGGUUCCUUCUAUUAAAAACUAUUAUUCUCUGGUGACCACAGGACAACUGGACCGUGAACUAGUGUCUGAUUACAACAUUACAAUCACAGCCACUGACGAGGGCUCUCCACCUCUGUCCUCCUCUAAAACUGUUCAGUUAUCUGUAGCUGACAUCAACGACAACCCACCCGUGUUUGAGGAACAGUCGUACAGCGCAUAUGUGAGUGAAAAUAACAAACCUGGCUCCACUUUAUGUUCCGUUACUGCUCGAGACCCCGACUGGAGACAAAACGGUACAGUGAUUUAUUCUCUGAUACCUGGGGAAGUGAACGGUGCCCCGGUGUCCUCCUAUCUGUCUGUGAACGGAGACACGGGGGUGAUCCAUGCUGUGAGGUCGUUUGAUUAUGAACAGUUCAAGAGUUUCAAAGUCCACGUGAUGGCCAGAGACAACGGUUCUCCUCCUCUCAGCAGUAACGUGACCGUGAGUGUGUUCAUCUCGGAUGUGAAUGACAACUCUCCUCAAAUCCUGUACCCUUCCCCGGAGGGCAACUCAUUCAUGACCGAGCUGGUCCCCAAAGCUGCACACGGAGGCUCUCUGGUGUCCAAAGUGAUAGCGGUGGACGCGGACUCCGGACAGAACGCCUGGUUGUCCUAUCAUAUAGUCAAAUCCACUGAUCCGGGACUUUUUACUAUUGGUCUCCACAGCGGAGAGAUCAGGACACAGCGGGACAUUUCUGAAUCUGACAGCAUGAAACAGAACCUGAUAGUGUCAGUGAAAGACAACGGACAGCCCUCUCUGUCUGCCACCUGUUCCAUGUAUUUACUGAUUUCUGAUAACUUGGCUGAGGUGCCAGAACUGAAGGAUCUAUCUCAUAGUGACAGUAACUCCAAACUGACUUCUUAUUUGAUUAUUGCGCUGGUGUCUGUGUCCACCUUUUUUCUGACCUUCAUCAUCAUCAUCCUGGGUUUGAGGUUUUGUCGCAGGAGAAAGCCCAGGCUGUUGUUUGAUGGAGCAGUUGCCAUCCCCAGCGGUUAUCUCCCUCCUAAUUACGCAGAUGUUGACGGUGCAGGAACUUUACGCAGCGCUUACAAUUAUGACGCGUACCUGACAACAGGUUCUCGAACCAGUGACUUUAAGUUUGUGACAUCAUACAAUGACAACACGCUGCCUGCUGACCAGACUCUGAAGAAAAGUCCAUCAGACUUUGUUGAUCCGUUUGAAGACCUCGAUGUGUCUGCGGAGAUCGCGGCUCCCAACCGUGGUAAGGAGACCCCUGGCGUAUUCUUCACUCGGCUCGUAGUGGGCCUGGAACCAAGGAUCAUCAAACCACAUAAGGUUGAAGACAUUGGGAUUACAAGGGAAUGUGUUCUGAAAGGGCUCAUCACCUUUCUUGGAGAGGAUGCAAAAGACCUUAUUAAGGAAUACUGUGGCAGCAGCGGAGAUGAUGCCCAGAUGGAACUGAAACAACUCACCAUGGCAGUGUUUGUGAUUCGGAAGGAUGGAGAGGGAUUGAAAGAAGCCCCAGAAGACAUUGACAUCGUCAUUGAGGGAGUGCAGAUGUUGCAUGACCUGACUUCAGUUGCCUCAGCAUGUGCCCUGCUUCUGGGUUUGAUAUAUGUUAUUGUAACGCUGCACCUCGUUAAUGGAGAUUUGAGUUAUUCUUUUCCUGAAGAGCUGAAACGCGAGUCCGUUAUUGGAAAUAUAGCGAAGGAUCUCGGUCUUGACCGUGGAAGUUUUUCUUCACGACAGGCCCGUGUUGAUUUUGAGGGAUUUCGUAAAAUGUAUUGCGACAUUAACACGAGUACCGGAGAUUUUAUUACGAUGGACAGAAUUGAUAGAGAGAACCUUUGUGGCAAGAAACCUUCUUGUGUGUUAAAAGCUGAUCUAGUGUUGGAAAAUCCUUUGGAGCUUCAUCGUGUAAGUCUUCAUAUUCAAGAUAUAAAUGACAAUUCUCCACAAUUCAAACAUCAUUUAAUUGAAAUGGAAAUAAGUGAGUUAGCAGAAAAGGGAAGCCGAUUUUCAAUAGAGGAGGCCCAUGAUGCAGAUAUAGGUCAAAAUGCUGUUCAAAGGUACAUCAUUCAAAAGAACAACCAUUUCAUUUUGUCAGUUGACGACAACAAAGCCGACCUUGUACUUGAAAAUAAACUUGAUCGAGAAAAGCACAAAGAGAUGAAUUUGCUUCUCACAGCCUUGGAUGGUGGAUCUCCUCAGAGAUCAGGCACCGUAGUCAUACACGUCACUGUACUGGAUGCUAAUGAUAACGCCCCAGUGUUCAGCCAGACCGUUUAUGAAGCCAGUCUGCCUGAAAACUCUCCGCCAGAUACAAUAGUGAUUAAAGUCAGUGCCACAGACGCAGAUGAAGGAGUGAAUGGAGAUGUAACAUAUGACUUCGGCCAUAUAUCUGAUAACGACGUUAAUGUUUUCUCUAUUAAUCCUAAAACGGGAGAAAUUCAAGUGUCUGGAUUGAUUGACUUUGAAGAAAGAAGUUCUUUUGAAAUUAAAGUGCAAGCUAAAGAUGGUUUAGGACUAACGUCUUAUGCCAAAAUGUUAAUAGACGUUACGGAUAAGAAUGACAAUGCACCAGUUAUAUAUCUUAAAUCACUGUCUAAUCCAGUACCUGAGAACGUGUCACCUCGUACAGAAGUUGGCAUCAUUAAUGUGCAGGACAGAGACUCCGAAACUAACGGACAGGUCCGCUGCUCCAUCCAGCAGGGUGUACCUUUUAAGUUGGUUCCCUCAAUUAAAAACUAUUAUUCUCUGGUGACUACAGGACAGCUGGACCGUGAACUAGUGUCUGAUUACAACAUUACAAUCACAGCCACUGACGAGGGCUCUCCACCUCUGUCCUCCUCUAAAACUGUUCACUUAUCUGUAGCUGACAUCAACGACAACCCACCUGUGUUUGAGGAACAGUCGUACAGCGCAUAUGUGAGUGAAAAUAACAAACCUGGCUCCACUUUAUGUUCCGUUAAUGCUCGAGACCCCGACUGGAGACAAAACGGUACAGUGGCUUAUUCUUUGUUACCUGGCGAGGUGAACGGUGCCCCGGUGUCCUCGUAUCUGUCUGUGAACGGAGACACGGGGGUGAUCCACGCUGUGAGGUCGUUUGAUUAUGAACAGUUCAGGAGUUUCAAAGUCCACGUAAUGGCCAGAGACAACGGUUCUCCUCCUCUCAGCAGCAACGUGACCGUGAGUGUGUUCAUCUCGGAUGUGAAUGACAACUCUCCUCAGAUCCUGUACCCCUCCCCGGAGGGCAACUCGUUCAUGACCGAGUUGGUCCCCAAAGCUGCACACGGAGGCUCUCUGGUAUCCAAAGUGAUAGCGGUGGACGCGGACUCCGGACAGAACGCCUGGCUGUCCUAUCAUAUAAUCAAAUCCACUGAUCCGGGACUUUUUACUAUUGGUCUCCACAGCGGGGAGAUCAGGACACAGCGGGACAUUUCUGAAUCUGACAGCAUGAAACAGAACCUGAUAGUGUCAGUGAAAGAUAACGGUCAGCCCUCUCUGUCUGCCACCUGUUCCAUGUAUUUACUGAUUUCUGAUAACUUGGCUGAGGUGCCAGAUCUGAAAGAUCUGUCUCACAGUGACAGCAAUUCCAAACUGACCUCAUAUCUGAUCAUCGCUUUGGUGUCUGUGUCCACCUUCUUUCUGACCUUCAUCAUCAUCAUCCUGGGUUUGAGGUUUUGUCGCAGGAGAAAGCCCAGACUGUUGUUUGAUGGAGCAGUUGCCAUCCCCAGCGGUUAUCUCCCACCUAAUCACGCAGAUGUUGACGGCACAGGAACUUUACACAGCUCUUACAAUUAUGACGCGUACCUGACAACAGGUUCUCGAACCAGUGACUUUAAGUUUGUGACAUCAUACAGUGACAACACGCUGCCUGCUGACCAGACUCUGAAGAAAAGUCCAUCAGACUUUGUAGAUCCUUUCGAAACUCUGGAGGAAUCUGCAGAGGUAGGGAUUCUUCCAAACAGUUUAUCUGUAAUGCUGCCCCACGUUUUUGGGGACCUGAGUUAUUCUAUUCCAGAAGAAAUGAAACGAGACUCUGUUAUUGGAAAUGUAGCCAAGGAUCUCGGUGUUAAUCUCGGAACCCUAGCUUUACGUCAAGCCCGUGUUGAUUUUGAAGGAACUCGGAAAAGGUACUGUGACAUUAAUCUGAGAACUGGAAAUUUGAUGACAUCGGAAAGAAUCGACAGAGAAAUCCUUUGUGGCAAGAAACCUUCUUGUGUUUUGAAAGUAGAUCUAGUGUUAGAAAAUCCUUUGGAGCUUCAUCAUGUAAGCCUUCAUAUACAAGAUGUGAAUGACAAUUCACCGCAAUUCAACGACAAUUUGAUAAUAAUGGAAAUAAGUGAGUCAGCAGAGAAGGGUAACCGCUUCUCAAUAGAGGAGGCCCAUGACGCAGAUAUAGGGCAAAAUGCUGUUCAAGGGUACACCCUUCAAAAGAACGACAACUUUAUUCUGGCUGUUGACAGCAACAGAGUUGAACUUGUACUGGAGAAAAAACUUGAUCGAGAGAGACAAAAAGAGAUUAAUUUGCUUCUCACAGCUUUGGAUGGUGGAUCUCCUCAGAGAUCAGGUACCGUAGUCAUACACGUCACUGUACUGGAUGCUAAUGAUAACGCCCCAGUGUUCAACCAGGCCGUUUAUAAAGCCAGUCUGCCUGAAAACUCUCCUCCAGAUACAAUAGUGAUUAAAGUCAGUGCCACAGACGCAGAUGAAGGAGUGAAUGGAGAUGUAACAUAUCAAUUCGGCCACGUGGCUGAUGAUGAUAUAAAUGUAUUUUCUAUUGACCCCAAAACAGGAGAAAUUAGAGUAACCGGUGAGAUUGACUUUGAAGAAAGGAAUUCUUUUGAAAUGAGAGUAAAAGGCAAAGAUGGUUUAGGACUAACGUCUUAUGCCAAAGUAUUAAUAGAUGUAACUGAUGUAAAUGACAACGCCCCAGUUAUAUACCUGAAAUCACUGUCUAACCCAAUACCUGAGAACGUGACACCUGGUACAGAGGUGGGCAUUAUUAACGUGCAGGACAGAGAUUCUGAGAAUAAUCGACAGGUCCGCUGCUCCAUCCAGCAGGGUGUACCUUUUAAGUUGGUUCCCUCAAUUAAAAACUAUUAUUCUCUGGUGACUACAGGACAGCUGGACCGUGAACUAGUGUCUGAUUACAACAUUACAAUCACAGCCACUGACGAGGGCUCUCCACCUCUGUCCUCCUCUAAAACUGUUCACUUAUCUGUAGCUGACAUCAACGACAACCCACCUGUGUUUGAGGAACAGUCGUACAGCGCAUAUGUGAGUGAAAAUAACAAACCUGGCUCCACUUUAUGUUCCGUUAAUGCUCGAGACCCCGACUGGAGACAAAACGGUACAGUGAUUUAUUCUCUGUUACCUGGUGAGGUGAACGGUGCCCCGGUGUCCUCCUAUCUGUCUGUGAACGGAGACACGGGGGUGAUCCACGCUGUGAGGUCGUUUGAUUAUGAACAGUUCAGGAAUUUUAAAGUCCACGUGAUGGCCAGAGACAACGGUUCUCCUCCUCUCAGCAGCAACGUGACCGUGAGUGUGUUCAUCUCGGAUGUGAAUGACAACUCUCCUCAGAUCCUGUACCCCUCCUCAGAAGGCAACUCGUUCAUGACCGAGCUUGUCCCCAAAGCUGCACACGGAGGCUCUCUGGUGUCCAAAGUGAUAGCGGUGGACGCGGACUCCGGACAGAACGCCUGGUUGUCCUAUCAUAUAGUCAAAUCCACUGAUCCGGGACUUUUUACUAUUGGUCUCCACAGCGGAGAGAUCAGGACACAGCGGGACAUUUCUGAAUCUGACAGCAUGAAACAGAAUCUGAUAGUGUCAGUUAAAGAUAACGGACAGCCCUUUCUGUCUGCCACCUGUUCCAUGUAUUUACUGAUUUCUGAUAACUUGGCUGAGGUGCCAGAACUGAAGGAUCUAUCUCAUAGUGACAACAACUCUAAACUGACCUCUUAUCUGAUCAUAGCGCUGGUGUCUGUGUCCACCUUUUUUCUGACCUUCAUCAUCAUCAUCCUGGGUUUGAGGUUCUGUCGCAGGAGAAAACCCAGACUGUUGUUUGACGGAGCAGUUGCCAUCCCCAGCGGUUAUCUCCCUCCUAAUUACGCAGAUGUUGACGGUGCAGGAACUUUAGGCAGCACUUAUAAUUAUGAUGCGUACCUGACAACAGGUUCUAGAACCAGUGACUUUAAGUUUGUGACAUCAUACAAUGACAACACGCUGCCUGCUGACCAGACUCUGAAGAAAAGUUCAUCAGACUUUGCUGAUGUUUUUGGGCAACCAGAUGGGUCUCCAGAGGUUGAACUGUAG